AUGCGCACGACGUGUCUGCGGGUGGGCGUGUGGGUGAACAAUAACGUGGCGGUGCUUACGAGCGACCGCCCGUUGCCGUCGUUCGUAGCGUUCACGGACACGGAGCGACUCGUUGGCGACGUCGCCAAGCGCCAAGUGGCCACGAACGUGAACAACACGGUGUUCGGCACCACGCGCCUCAUCGGCCGCAAGUUUUCGGACCUGGAAGUACAGGAAGACUUGAAGCACUGGCCGUUCAAAGUGGUUGGCGGGCCAAAUGAUGGCCCGCUAGUGGAGGUGCAGGCUGCGGGCCAGACCAAGACGUUCCGGCCAGUGGAGAUCCUGGCCAUGCUCCUGGCCGAGGCACGCGAGACGGUGGAGACGCAUCUGGGGAAAAGAGUUGAGAACGCAGUGGUGACGGUGCCGGCCUCCUUCAACUACGCCCAACGACAGGCGAUCAAAGACGCCGGCGCUGUAGCAGGCCUGAAUGUGGCCCGCUUGAUCAGCGCGUCGACAGCUGCGGCCAUCGCGCACGGCCUGGAGAACAAGACCAAGGCCGGACAGCGGAACCUGUUGGUGCUUGACCUGGGUGGUGGCACCUUGGACGUGUCGCUGGUGGCCAUCGAGGAAGAGAUCUACGAGGUGCUGGCCACGGCUGGGAACGCUCAUUUGGGCGGCGAGGACUUUGACUCUCGGUUGGUAGAGCACUGCGUGGCUGAAUUCAAGCGAAUGCACCGCAAAGACCUGAGCACAAAUGCGCGCGCCAUGAUGCGCCUGCGUAUGGCCUGCGAAAGUGCUAAGAGAGCUUUGUUCGCCCCCGAGUCGGUGGAGAAGCUCAUUGAGCUCGACGCCUUGUACGAGGGCAUCGACUUCCACACGAAGAUCACGCGUGCUCAGUUCGAAAAGUUGUGCGCGGACCUUUCCGACGAUAUCAUGUUGCCUGUGCAGCAAGUGCUGAGUGAUGCUAGCGUCUUGAGGAGUAAAGUGGAUGAGGUGGUUAUGGUGGGCGGAUCCAUGCGUAUCACCAAGGUCGAAGAACUUUUGAAGGAGUUUUUUAACGGCAAGAAAAUUAUUAGAUCCAGGCAUGAGGAGGAGCUCAAUGUCCUCGGAGCCACAAUGCAUGCUGCCAUGCUGACGGACGAGCUGUCCGUGAUCAAGCCUCUUGAGGAGUUUAUGCUGUUGGAUGUGACGCCGCUCUCGCUCGGAGUCAAGAUUGACGACACGAACACGUCGGUUAUGAUCCCGCGCAGCACCACGAUUCCAACAAGGAAGACACGGACAUUUUCGACGUCUCAGGACAACCAGUCCGUCGUACAGAUUGAGCUUUUGGAGGGUGAAGACGGCGACAACCGUGUGAUUGGCAAGCUUAAAGGGGAUGGCCUUCCGCUUGAGCCGCGGGGGGAAUUCAAGAUUGAGGUUACAGUUGAAGUGGACGCAAAUGGCUGCAUCACAGUGCUUAUUGCGGACGAAUCGACGGGCCAGUCGAAGAAACUCGAGGUUAGUGGCGAUUGUCUGUCAGCAUUGGAAAUUGAUCGUAUGAGGAAGAGCGUGAUGAAGGAUGCGUCGAAGAUAGAGCUCGAAAAUUACGCCAAUUCGGUUCGCAGCACUGCAGCCAAGCGUAUCGCUGAGCUGAAGCGAUCGAUAGAGGAAAUGCAGGCUGUUGAAGAGCAGGCCACCGAGACUCUACAUUGGUUGAACCGGAAUCAUUCGGUCGGGAGGGCAGAUAUCGAUGUCAAGAGGAGGAAACUAGAGGAGGCUGCUACUCCUGCCACGCACAACAACUUGGCUAGUACGAGUGGAGCAGAUCCUUUCGAGAGCAGAAAACCCCAGAAAGUGCCAGCUAAACUGCAAUAA